GUUUAAAUUGGGGGAGAAGAUAACAAAAACGUGGCAGAUGGAAGCUGACAGUGGUAAUGGAGAGCAGUGUCCUGGUCCUCACACACCCUCAUCCAUGGCGACCCAGAUAUUCCCUUCACUCUCUUUUUCAAAACCCACGUCCUCCUUCCUCUCAUCUACUUCGCUCUUAUACUACUUGCUACCGCCGCUGGGAUUCCAAUGCCGAAACCAUUCGCUCUAAAACAUUCGGUUUUAGUUUCAGAGACAGACGAAACGGAGAUGAAGAUGACGAUGACUAUGAGGAAGAAGAUGAUUAUGGUUACAAUACAAGUAAAGGGAAGAAGAAGAAGAGGCGGUGGUGGUCAGAUGGGCCCUCUGAGAUGGAGGAAAAACCUGUUGGAGUCUUGGAGGAAGCCAUUGACAGUGUCUGGAUUUUCAAGGUGUUCAGAUCUUAUGGUUGGACAUUACCAUUUAUUGUCAUAUCUCUGCUGCUAUCUACGGGUCCAAAAGCUUUCCUCAUGGCAUUAGCACUUCCCCUUGGUCAGUCAGCCCUUUCACUGGCAAUUGAGAAGCUAUGGGGAAGGACGCAAAGAAGGCCAAAACGCAAGUCCAGGAUGAGAAGGAAACCAUCUGCAACCAGUGAAGCUAAUGUUAAAAUGGACGAAGAAGAAACAUAUGAUGAAGAUCAGGAAACUAAUAAUAAAAAGAUGGAUUACCAAUCUUGGGUUGUUGGGAAUGAUGCUUCAGUUGGUAAUAGUGGCGAAGAUGCGUCAAAAUUAGGUGGGUGGGAUGAUCUUGAAAGAAUGGAAUCUGAAAAGAGGCAAUCUCGAAGAAAGUCUAGAGGGAAGGGUAAGUUGAGUCGGAGAGAGAGAAUUAGUGAUACACCUCUUCUGCUGAGGUUGUUGAUUGCAGUUUUCCCUUUUUUGGGUUCAUGGACAAAGAUAUUUUGGUAAAUACAGAAUAUAAGCCAGCACUUUCAAACUUGGAGCGUGACUUUGAUUGGUUUGCCUUUAGUUUCAGAAUAAGCAAUACAACCUUCGGUUCCAGUUUAGGUUAAGGUUAGGUUAGAUGAAGCUAAGAUCAAGGCAUAUCAACCAAACCAAUUUGCAUAUGUGAUGUUUUUGUGAGGCAUAAGUAACCCACUUUCCAAGUUGCCUAAAUUUAGGCCAUUUUAUAUACUACCAAUACAUUUUCUUGGUAUAUUUGGUUC